AUGGAACAAAAUAACGGCAGUGAAGUGACUGAAUUCAUCCUCCUGGGAUUUGCUGGUCAGCACAGGUCCUGGCACGUCCUCUUCACAGCCUUUCUCAUCAUCUACGUGGCCACCCUGGUGGGCAACGCUGGGAUGAUCCUGCUCAUCAAGGCUGACCCUGCCCUUCACACACCUAUGUAUUUUUUUCUCCAAAACCUGGCUUUCGUGGACCUCUGUUACUCCUCUGCCAUCACGCCCAAGAUGCUGCAGAACUUCGUAGGGACAAAACAGUCCAUCUCCUUCAUGGGAUGCAGGGUGCAACUCUUAGUCUAUGGGACUUUUGCAACCAGUGACUGCUUCAUCCUGGCGUCCAUGGCCGUGGACCGCUACGUGGCCAUCUGCAAACCCCUGCGCUACCCGGUGAUCAUGUCCCAGAGAGUCUGCAUUCAGCUGCUGCUUGGUUCGUACUUCAUGGGCUUCCUAAAUGCUUCUGUAAACACGAGUCUGACUUUUUCCUUGGACUUCUGCAAAUCUAAUGUAAUUAAUCACUUUUUCUGUGAUGUACCUCCACUUCUUGCUCUGUCAUGCUCCAGUAUUGACUUCAGUGUCAUGGUCCUGACAGCCUUUGUGGGAUUUAACUUGAUGAGCACUGUAUUGGUCGUCAUUUUUUCCUACAUAUGGAUCCUGGCCGCCAUCCUCAGGAUGUCUUCGGCCGCAGGAAGGAGAAAAGCCUUCUCCACGUGCACCUCUCACCUGACAGCCGUCACCAUCUUCUAUGGGACUCUAUCUUACAUGUACCUACACCAUCGUACUCCUGAGUCUCAAGAACAGGAAAAGGUAGCAUCUGUAUUUUAUGGCAUAAUUAUUCCCAUGUUAAACCCCUUGAUCUACAGCCUGAGAAAUCAAGACGUAACACAAGCUCUAAAAAAGGUAGGAAAGAAAUGCUUGUAA